AUGGCUGAAUUGAGUGCACUAGUCAUCAAACGUAAGGUGAUAAAGACCAAUGUUACUAGGAUAAAGAAUUUGUUAUCAUGUGAGAUGUCACAUGCGGAAUUAGAAUGCAGGUUAAGCUUAAUCGAAACUUAUUUCAAACAGUUGUUAGCAAUACAAUCGGAUAUUGAAGCGUUGAACGACAAAGAUAACGCUCGUGCAGAAAUAGAAGAACUUUGCAUUUUAGCGAAAGCAAAGGCUAUUGAACUUUUAGGUGACGACUUUAAUCGAAGUCGUGGAGAGUUAGCGUUACAUAUUCCAAGCAGAAGCUCGAACAAUUUACCAAAACUCAAAUUGCCAAAAUUUACAGGAAAAUACGCAGAGUAUCAAAACUUUAUAUCAUCUUUCAAGCAAUUAGUUAACGAAGACAAGUCACUCUCAAAUAUAGAAAAGUUUAACCACUUGAUUCAAUGUCUUGAAGGACAAGCACUUGAUACCAUUCGUUCUUUUCAGGUUACGACAGAAAAUUACGAAAAGGCUCUGACCAGAUUAAAAGAACGAUAUGAUAAUAAAACUUUAAUAUUUAUGGAACAUAUUAUAGAUCUAUAUAGUUUGCCAGACGUACACAAAGCGUCAUCAAUUACUUUGCGCAGUUUAGUUGAUAGCGCAUCAGCUAUAUUCAGUUCUCUCAAAUCACUUGGAGACGACAAAGACAUAUGUGAUGGAAUGUUGAUUCAUUUACUAUUGAACAAGUCCGAUUCUGAAACGCAAAGACAAUGGAAAGAAAAAUUAGAUUUAUCAGUGUUACCUACGUGGAUUGAAUUUUCUCAACAUUUGGAAAGAAGGUGUCAAUUUUUAGAAUCCGUUAGCCCGGAUACAAUAGAGAAUACAAAACAAAAGCAAAAAGGUUACGUUACCCUCCAAAAUAACCGUUCGUCGUUUCAUACACGCAUCCGAGAUAAAAAUUGUGUAUCAUGUAAGAGCGGGGACCAUUGGCUAAGUGGUUGCAAACGAUUUAAUGAAAUGGAUGUGUCGCGAAGAUUUGACACUGUUAAAAAAUUGGGUAUUUGUAUAAACUGUUUAUCAGAAGGACACAUCGUGGCUAAAUGUCCAUCAAAACAUUCCUGCAAAAUAUGCAACAAACUACAUCACACACUUUUACAUCGCUCAGAUAUCUGUAGACAAAACAUGGUGCCUUCAACAUCCAAUGGAGUUGAAUCAGCAUCAAUCAAUGCACAUAUUAAAACUGUAGCACACAAGGUAAUUUUGGCAACAGCAAUUAUUCUGGUAAGGGAUUCGGUGGGUGCAUUUAAAGUAGGAAGAGCAUUGUUAGAUUCAUGUUCACAGGUGAACUUAAUGACUGAAUCCUUCGUUAAUAUGCUGAACUUACAAAAGAAAAAGACAUCAGUAGAAGUUGUCGGUGUUGGGUGUAUGUCCUCGAAAUUAAAGUACGAGACUCAAACGACAAUUCGAUCGCGAUUCAAUGAUUCAGAAUUUGAUUUGAACUUUCUCAUUUCUAAUCGCCUGUCUGGGUAUCAGCCUGACUCAGCAUUAGAUAUUCGCUCUUGGCAAUUACCGUCGAAAAUCAAUUUAGCUGACGAGCACUUUCAUAAUUCCCAAUCCAUUGACAUGUUAAUAGGAGCUGAUUGCUUCUUCGAAAUGUUACGCAGUGGGCAAUUAAGGUUGGGCCGUAAUUUACCAAUGUUACAAGAAACAGUUUUAGGUUGGAUAGUGUCAGGACGGUAUAAUUCUUCGAAACAUGUUAUCAAUAAGUCAUAUCAUAUAACCAAAGUGGACACUGAUAUCGAAUCAAUCAAUAAAAACUUAGAGUAUCUGUGGUUAUUACAAGACACAGCCAGUAUACGUAAGAAGUGGAACGAAGAAGAGCAACUAUGUGAAGAUGCAUUUGUAAAAACUACUACCACUUUACCAGAUGGUAGAAUUGAGGUUCAAUUACCGUUUAAAGAAUCGCCUUUAUUACUCGGAGACUCGUACAAUGUAGCAUUAAAGCGUUUUCAUUCGUUGGAAAGACGUUUAUCCCACAAUUGUGAUUUAAAGUAUCAAUAUACCAACUUUAUGAAAGAGUAUGAGCAGUUAAAUCAUAUGACGGAAGUGCAAAACGUAAAUUUGAAACAGCCUCAUUAUUUUAUACCUCACCAUUACGUACUCAAACCAAGUAGCACAACCACGAAAUUACGAGUGGUGUUUGAUGCAUCAUCAAGUACAACGAGUCAAAAAUCAUUAAACGAUAUUCUUCUGACAGGACCAACUAUACAAUCGGAAUUAUAUUUGCAUGUUAUGCGUUUUCGAUUGAAAAGAUUCGCAUUAAGUGGAGAUAUAACAAAAAUGUACAGAAUGAUUCGAAUACAUCCUGACUGUCGUUCGUAUCAGCAAAUUUUAUGGCGAGAGACUGAAGAUAAUCCGAUUCGCGUGUUUCAGUUGAAUACAGUAACCUACGGUUUAUCCGCGUCACCUUUCUUGGCGAUAAGGAGUCUUCAAUAUAUCGCGGAAAAAUGGGAAACCGAAUAUCCAGUGGGUUCACAUGUGCUAAAAAACCAUUUCUAUGUGGACGAUAUGUUAACGGGAGCUGAUGACUUCCAUGAACUACAAAUAACACAAUACGAAGUUACGUCAAUAUUAAAAAAAGCUGGUAUCGAAAUUGCAAAAAUACAGUCAAAUCAUCCAUCGUUCAUCACCAAUAACAAUGAAUUAAAAGACUUAAAUUUACAUGAACCAGCAAUUACAAGUACGCUUGGCAUAAAAUGGGAUUCAAAUCAGGACCAGUUUUUAUUUUCAUAUAAUCCGAGCAAGACAUACACGUCGUUAACCAAACGUUCAAUUUUGUCGAUCUCGUCGUCUAUCUUCGAUCCGAUGGGAUUGAUUGCUCCCAUAAUUAUUAAGUCACGAGUGUUGUUGCAAGAUUUAUGGAUUAUGAAGAUAGACUGGGAUACAGUAGUUCCGCAACAAAUUGGAAUUAAAUUCGAAAAUUUCAUUAACGACUUAAAUAAUUUAAAAUCGAUUAAAAUACCUCGAUAUGUAUUACAAACAGAUAUCAUCAACAUGCAACUACAUGGAUUUUGUGAUGCUUCAAUUCGAGCAUAUGGAUGCUGUUUUUAUGUGCGGGUUUGUAAUCAACAAGGACAUAUUUCAGUAAAUUUAUUAACGGCACGAAGUCGGGUGGCUCCGGUAAAGAAAAGAACUCUACCUCAAUUAGAACUUUGUGGAGCGCUUACACUAGCUCAACUAUAUAGCAAAAUUGCGCCGAUAUUUAGCAAUAUACAUUUCCAAACAUUUCUAUGGACAGAUUCGACUGUCGUAUUACACUGGUUGCAACACCAUUCCUCCACAUUAACAACGUUCGUGGGAAAUCGAAUUUCUGAAGUACAAGAACUUACUGCAACUUGUUCUUGGAGACAUGUUCCGACGUCAAUUAACCCCGCUGACGUAAUAUCACGAGGAUGUUCAACUAGCGAAUUAUUGAAAUCCAACUGGUUAUCAGGGCCAGUAUUUCUAAAUCGAGAGUAUGAGGAAUGGCCAGAUUCAUGUAUAAGUAACACUCAAUGCAAACGAGAAGUAGAUGGUGCAAUUCGGAAAAUAGUUAUGAUAUGUGAAACACCCACAAAUCAAGUGCUACAAUUCAUAGAUCGGACCAGCUCAUAUCUUAAAGUACUUCGUGUUAUUGGUUGGUUACUUCGUGUGCGUAACCGAGUUAAACAAAGGGUUCCUGAUCAUCAACAUAAUUUCACUAGUGACGAGUUACGACAUUCUUUACAUUGCAUCAUCUGGAUCAUUCAAAGCGAACAUUUCUCUAAUGAAAUUCAUUGUAUAAACAACAACGUGGAAAUUAAGACUUCGUUGAAAACUCUUAGUCCCUUUAUUCAAGAGGUGGAUGGAUUUCCAUUGCUUCGUGUUGGUGGACGCCUUAUGCAUGCGAGUAUUUCAGAAGAAAGAAAACACCCUUUUUUAUUACCAAGACAUUGUCAUUUCGUUGAGACUUUGGCUAGACAUCAUCAUAUUGAAAAUUAUCAUGCCGGGUCUAAGGCGUUAAUUUCAAUUUUACGACAACGAUAUUGGAUCGUCAAUGCCAGAGGAUUAACUAGGAAGAUCGUACAUAAUUGUAUCAGCUGCAUACGUUAUAAACCAAAAUUGUUAAGCCAGAUAAUGGGAGAUUUGCCUGCUUCCCGUGUGACGCCAGGCAAACCAUUUGAAAAAUGCGGAAUUGACUUCUGUGGGCCUAUUUCUACUUAUUUGAAAAUUCGAGGAAAACAGCCCUAUAAAUGUUAUAUAGCAAUUUUCGUGUGUUUCACAACUAAAGCCGUUCAUAUUGAAGCAGUAACAGAUCUGUCAUCAAAUGCAUUUAUUGCAGCGCUAAAAAGAUUCAUUGGUCGCAAAGGACUACCUGCAGAAAUUUAUUGUGAUAACGCUACGAAUUUUGUAGGAGCCAAUACAAAAUUGGUUGAACUUAAACGAAGCUUUACUAGUGAAGCGUAUAAAAAUCAUGUCAUUAAUUUCUGUUCAAAUAAAUCAAUAUCCUUUAACUUUAUUCCACCUAGAGCACCACAUUUUGGAGGUAUCUGGGAGGCCGCCGUGAAGUCUGCAAAGGGGCACAUGUAUCGUACGCUGGUGAACAGCAAGUUAACAUAUGAAGAGCUCACUACCGUUCUCGUAGAAAUCGAAGCAAUCUUGAAUUCCAGACCGAUUUCACCUGUGUCGUGGGAUGCGAAUGACCUCGAAGCUUUGACACCAGGUCAUUUUUUGAUUGGGUGUCCCAUGAACUGCAUCAGUGAACCAAACAUUAAUCAAAAUGUAGAAGUGUCAUACCUCGAACGAUGGCGGCGCAUUAGUGCAGUGAAACAACAAUUUUGGAGCAGGUGGUCAAACGAGUAUCUCAACGAACUGAUUCAGCGCAAUCGAUGGACUAAGGUUAGCAAUAAUUUACAGACUGGGACGCUUGUUUUGAUUCAUGAAGAAAACAUGCCACCAAUGGUAUGGGUGACAGGUCGCGUAACAAAAACCAUCCAGGGCAAGGAUGGUAAGGUUCGUGUUGCCGAUAUCCAGACAAAAAAGGGGAUCGUUCGUCGUCCAGUUCAAAAACUUGCUAUUUUAUGUGAUCCUUGA